AUGACGAAAACUUUUCUGACACCAGCAUGGAAUGUGCUGAGUAUUUAUUCUUCCCAUAUAAGUGAUGACUUAAUUCUUGGAACUUAUAUUAUCGAUGAAAACCACUUUAAAGCAAAGUUGUUGAAAUACAGUAAAAAUAGAGAACUUCUACAAUCUAUACAGUACCACCAAGGAAAAAGUUUAUACUCAUUUCCCUUAUUCAUAUCAGAAAAUACAAAUAGAGAUAUUUGCACAACGGAUAUAGAGAAGUGUGUUGUUACUGUUGUAGAUGGUUCAGGAGUGUUUCGAUUUCGUUAUUACGGUCAUUCCACAGAAAAGGGAUUCUUUCCUACAGGAAUUUGCAAUAAUAUCUAUGGGCAAAUUAUUGUUUGCAAUCGUCACUACGCCAAUCCCAGUGUUCAUCUUCUUAGCAGUAAUGGAGAUAUUGCAUUAAUUAUCUUAACAAAAAAUGCAAAUGGAAUCAAUGAUCCAUAUGGGGUAUAUGCAGACGACGAAGGGAAUCUUUACCUGGGACAACAUGGUAGUAAUACUGUUAUGGUGUAUAGAUACCUUCAGUAA